AUGCUCCGCAGAGUUAUCUUCUCUCGUCGGACGCUGGCGGUGGUCUCUGGCGCGACCGCUGUCGCCGCUGGCGGUGGAUACUACUACCUGAACUCCGGGCCUUCGUAUCCGCCAUCGACCAAGCAGACUCGCCGGCCCCCGCCGCCAUGGACACCCCCGUCGAGAGAGAGUAUGCUGAAUGCGCUUAGAUCGUCUUCGGAGAAGCAAGGCGAUGAGUAUCCUGACGAAUUUGAUCUUCUUAUCGUCGGUGGAGGAGCUACCGGAGCUGGUGUUGCGGUAGAUGCUGCUAGUCGCGGUUUGAGGGUAGCCUUGGUGGAGAGGGACGACUUCAGCGCAGGUACUUCCUCGAAAUCCACUAAGCUGGUGCACGGAGGUGUCCGGUACCUGCAGAAGGCGGUCAUGGAACUAGAUUACGAGCAGUACAAGCUUGUGAGGGAGGCGCUCCAUGAACGUCGCAUCUUCUUGCAGACUGCACCAUAUCUCUCGGCUAUGCUUCCGAUCAUGCUGCCUAUUUACAAGUAUUGGCAAGUUCCCUAUUAUUGGGUAGGUUGUAAGAUGUACGAUGUUUUGGCUGGGAAAGAAAACAUGGAAUCGUCUUACUUAAUGAGUAAGGGGAAAGCAUUGGAAACUUUCCCGAUGCUGAAAGGAGAUGGUCUUGUCGGUGCAUUGGUGUAUUACGAUGGACAACACAAUGACUCGCGCAUGAAUAUCGCACUCAUUAUGACUGCGGUCCAGCAAGGGGCGAUAGUCACGAACCACGUCGAAGUCACAUCUCUCCACAAGGAUGCAACUGGUUCGGGUAAACUACAUGGUGCUCGCGUUAAGGACGUGCUUACGGGUAAGGAAUGGGAUGUUCGUGCGAAGGGUGUAAUUAACGCGACUGGGCCGUUCUCUGACGCUCUGCUCACAAUGGACAACCCCGAGCACAAACCAAUUGUUCAACCGUCUUCUGGUAUUCAUAUCACGCUUCCGAACUACUACUCUCCGCGUAAAAUGGGACUGCUAGACCCCGCGACCUCUGACGGGCGUGUGAUCUUCUUCCUCCCCUGGCAGGGCAACACGAUCGCCGGUACCACGGACACUCCUGCAGAGGUCGAGACCGAACCGAGGGCCCCGGAGGAGGAGAUACGGUGGGUCCUGGAGGAGGUGCGGCACUACCUCAGUCCUGACAUCAAAGUUCGGCGAGGCGACGUGCUCAGCGCGUGGGCUGGCCUUCGACCCUUGGUGCGCAACCCGAACGCAGCAAGCACCGAAGGCCUCGUGCGGAAUCAUAUGAUCCACGUAUCGGACAGCGGAUUGUUGACCAUCGCCGGUGGAAAAUGGACCACGUACAGGGCGAUGGCUGAGGAAACCGUCGACAAGGCUGUUGAAGUCUUUGGAUUGAAGCCCAAGAACGGAUGCAUCACCGAGAGGCUCAGGCUUGUCGGAAGCGACGGCUGGAGCAGGAAUAUGUUCAUCGGUCUUAUUCAACGAUAUGGCCUUGAUACAGAAGUUGCAAAGCAUCUGUCGGACAAUUAUGGUGAUCGCGCCUGGACGGUUUGCUCACUUGCUCAUCCUACCGGGUUAUCAUGGCCGAUUCAUGGAAUCAAUCUCAGCCCUGGAUAUCCUUACAUCGAAGCGGAAGUACGCUACGCCGUGCGCCACGAGUAUGCCUUGACCGCGGUAGAUGUCAUUGCGCGCCGCUGCCGUCUGGCCUUCCUGAACGCGCAGGCCGCCCUGGACGCCCUCCCGCGAGUCGUGGAUAUCAUGGCCGAGGAGCUCAAGUGGUCUCACAAAGAGAAGGAGGAGCAGAUCAAGAACGCGACCAAGUUCCUUGCGAGCAUGGGCCUCCAGCCCAGCGCUGUACCGUUCUCGAAAGCGGAGGCCCACGGCCUCCGGGAACAUGUAGAGGGCUUCCUCGGCCUUGGUGCGAACAGCGAGCCUAGACGGCGUGCGGCGCGUGAGAUGGUAUACUCCCGGGCGCAGUUCGAGACGGGGGAGAUUGAGACGCUCCAAGAGGCGUUCGAGAGCCGCGCGAAGGCUGCGAACCCCUCUCAGGAGCCGGAGUGCAUCGCACAAACGGAUGUGAUUGAGCUCAUCAGGGACCUGCCUGGCUAUGAGGGCGUGAAGAUGAAGGACUACGAUUACGUGCUUGAAGAGGCUGGCUUUACGAAGACGCAGGACAUCGAUUUCGACGAAUUUGUUGAGAUCUGCGGAGGGUUGCGCGAAGUCUUAUUCGCCCCCCUCUCCACAACAGCGAUCAAGUCCGACAGGCGCUUCAUUCCAGUGGAAAAAAGUGGCGGUGGGGUUUGA